UCAGUUUGGUCUUUCACAUAAGCCAGCAUGUUUUACUGGAUCUUCGCUCUGUGCCUUGCACUGCAAACUAGUGCCCAGGAUAUUUGUACACUGCAGACCUGGGCGCCAAGUUGCCCCUGGAGUCCACCGCCGCAGCUUAUAAACCUUCAAACGCCCGAGGCCAUCAACUUUAUUAUAAACUACCAUGAUUCGCGUAAUCCGAAACGUGGCAUCAUCUGGGAUCCGCAACUGGCCACAUCGGCAGUAAAAAAUGUGCGUCAAUGUCGCGUAGCCACCGAUCGGUGCACGCCACUUGGCAACUAUUGGACGCUGUCCCAAAAGGUGGCCAGUUACUCGUAUCGCGGCUUUGAGCCGAAGCUCGAUCAUGUGCUGGGUGAAAGUAUGAAGACCUUUUUCAAUAAAACUAUCGCCAAUGGCGCGCCCACACAAAUGAGGACAUUCAGUGUGGCACGCACGGGUGUUGCCAACGAUCCGUAUUUCAAUCAGAAGCAGGAGCUGAUUGGCUGCGCUGCAGCCAGAUAUAUGACCAAUGGCAAUAUGAAUUUCCUGCUGUGCUGCAACUAUGCGACGGUUAUGAAGGACGCCAUGGGACCAGGACAAGGACCACCGACUCCUGGCUUGAGUUGGGAUAGUCAGGGGUAAAGCGUGCGAGCGCCUCUUGAAUGUUUCCGUGCGCUGUUCCCACGCAGUCUUAAUAUUGCAGCAAAUUUCAAAUAAAAUUUUAAUUUGAAAUA